GCAAGGCACACCACAACUCUUCUUGCUCCCAUCCAAAUUCACUUUGGAGUCUCAUCAUGGGAUGAAGGCAGUGGGAUCUCUAUCUCACUUGAGGAGGAGAAAGAAAUGAGAAGCAGAAUGAGGUUGUAAAUUAUAUCCCAAAGACAGUUACAGGAAACUUUGCCAAGGUGAUUCAUGGUUUGAAUGCAAACCAGUUGACAGAUCAAGUAAUUCAGAGAAGUAAGAGAAUGAUUCUGGAUACUCUUGGAGUCGGGCUUUUGGGUACCAGCACUGAGGUCUGCCACAAAGUGGCACAGUACAGCAAGAUCUACAGCUCAGAUUUAUCCAGCACCAUCUGGGGCCACUUGGAUUUCCGACUGCCUCCUUUGUAUGCAGCUUUUGUGAAUGGAGUGGCUGUGCACUCAAUGGACUUUGAUGACACCUGGCACCCAGCCACACACCCAUCUGGGGCUGUGCUCCCCGCACUGAUUUCACUCUCAGAGGCCCUUCCCCAGAAGAAAAAAAUCUCAGGUCUUGAUCUGCUCCUAGCUUUCAAUGUGGGAAUUGAAGUGCAAGGCAGGUUGCUGCACUUCUCCAGAGAAGCCAGGAAUAUUCCAAAAAGGUUUCACCCACCGGCUGUGGUUGGUAUAAUGGGGAGUGCAGCAGCUUGUGCUAAACUGCUAGCUCUUGACCAGCUGGAAUGUAAAAAUGCUUUGGCUAUUGCUGCCUCCUAUGCAGGUGCCCCAUUGGCUAAUGCAGCAACGCAAAUAAAGCCCCUUCAUAUUGGGAAUGCUGCCAAGCACGGAUUGGAAGCAGCUUGCUUAGCUUUACAGGGCCUUCAAGGAAAUAAACAGAUUUUGGACAUGGAGUCAGGGAUGGGUGCCUUUUAUACAGAUUACAACCCACAGACUCUGCCAACCUUGCAGUCCUACCCCUGGCUCUUGGAACAGCAAGAUGUGGCCAUCAAACGCUUUCCUGCUCAUCUUGCAACACACUGGGUGGCUGAUGCAGCAUCUUCUGUUAGGAGGAAGCUUGUGGAGAGCAGUGAGAACUUGCUCCCCCUUGAUAAAAUUGAGAAAGUCAUUCUCAAAGUCCCUGACGUCAAAUACGUGAACAGACCCAGCCCAGCCUCAGAGCAUGAAGCACGACACUCCUUCCAGUUUGUUGCAUGCUCUGCUUUGCUGGACGGCAGCAUGUCAGUCCAGUCCUUCACCAGUGAGAAUGUUCACCGGCCAGCCUUGCAGGAGCUCCUCUGCAAAACACAGCUGGAGCACCCUCCUGACAACACCCCCAGCUUUGACAGCCUUUACUGCGAAGUGAGUGUCAUGCUUCGGGAUGGCAACGCUAUCAGCGACCGCUGCACCACCUUCUACGGGCACUGGAGGAAACCUCUGAGCAAGGAAGACUUGGAGAAAAAGUUUCAAUCCAAUGCACUCGGCAUCCUGCCCACAGAAGCCAUUGAAGGCAUAAUAGAGACAGUGUAUAACCUGGAAAAAGUAGAGGACUGCUCUGUGUUAAGUACAUUUCUAUCAGGACAGUUACCUAGAGCGCUUCCAGAGAAGCUGUGCUUCCUUUGAAUGUUCCAGCCAACAGCUACAUGCUCUUCACAAAGCCAAUGCAAAAUUCGGGACAAACUCUUAUUUACUGAGUCAAGCACUUUUAAAUAAGACUCUUGUAACACAAGUCAAAUAUUGUGGGUUUUGACUAAGUAAGUAAUUUGGUGAUUAUGUGCCCAGCUUAGCCAGGCUGAACAGAUCCUCUGCUGGCACAGCCGACUCCAGCUCUUUGUACCUCUAGAGGCCGAGCACUCACUGCUUGUGCACAGCACAAAAAUCUCCCUGCUCAUCUGCCAAAAAUCUGUGUUCUGCUUCUCCUAAAUAACUCCAUACAGGAAACCCAAAUUCUGGAAGAGUAUUGAAGUGCUGUAUCCAUGAAAAGCAUCACAGUUAGAAUACAGAGAACAUAAGCCUUUAUAUAUUUGUUUAUGGCAAUUUAUCUCUACAAUCUCCUUGAAGAGGGCACCUGUUAGGUCCGAGCAUUGACAUUUGUGCUAAAAUAAACACAGGACACGUAGGGAGGGGAAGCACUGGAUUAUCUGCAGGGUGUCAGGUGUCACUGUAGCCAUUGCUCUUGCACUGAGGCAGCAUGAGGGACAGUCCACACUCCUCAUCAUAAAGGCAUUAUUUCCCAGUUCCACCUGUUGGCUCCUCUGUGGUACAGGUCUGUUCCCGUUUCACUCCCGCUCCAGUCACAUGAGACACUGAGCAGGUGAUGUCACUUUAGGUUACUUCAGGCCCAGCAGAGUGUGGGCUACACUACCCUGGGCAGGAGUGACAGAGCACUUCUUAUGUGAGACAACUCAGUGUCCACAAUGAACCUUGAUAAUGAAUUCUGGGUAUUUUUUGUUCCUCCAGGACUACAAUGCCUUGCCAGAUUGUGCUUCUAAGAGAAGCUGCCAACCCUUUGCUCACAUUUAUAAGAUCAAAGCAAACAUAUAAAAUUGUCUUCCUCAGGGCUCUAAACAAUGUAUGCAAAAAAAAAAAAAAUCACAAAAUAAAUCUAAUUCAUUUUGCUAAAUAAAUCUGAAAUUACUUCAUUUAUUAACAGAAAAUUUGUGUAUUUUCCACGUGCAAUGCAUUCAUUUGUGCCAGAUCUUGGUUUAUAAAGUUGGUUUACCUAGGGGCUCUGCAAAAAUUUUGGGAGUCCAUUAGUAAUACUUGCUUAAAGACUUGCAAGGGGAAAAAAGAAUCCAAAUAAACACAUUAUUUUGUUUUUCCCUUC